AUUUAAUGAUUUCUUACUUGAAAAUAAAAUAAAAAUAUUUAAUUAUGUUAAAUAAUUAAAAAUAUAAAUAAUACAGUAUAUUUAUGUUAAAUUACAAAUUUUAACUAAUUAAUUAUAAUAAUUGAGCUAUAUUAUUAAAUGAAACACAAUAACAUAUGUAUAUUAAAUAUUUGGUGUGAUGAAUAAUUUGGUGUAACACUAUUUAUUUUACAUCAAAUUUGGUGAGAUAGUGUAAUUUUUAGUGUUCCAUUGGAAAUGAACUUAAUUACACCAAAUUUGGUGUUUUGAUGUCUCAUUGGAGUUGGCCUUAGGGUUAGGUUUCAUGGGUUCAUAUUCAGUCUUUGCCAAAAUACGUUACUUGGUCCGCAAGACAUCGUUUUGCUCCCUCCCUAAGUUAUAUCCAACAUGAAAUGAUGAAAUCACUGAUGUUCUUAACGUUUUUUACUCUCAGGAAAAGUUGGCCGAUCGCGAUAUAUACGGAACAAGGAACUUGAUGAACUCUUGUGAGAAAUCAAGAAACACUGUGAAAAGGAUUGUUCUCACAUCUUCUUCGACCUCAGUCCGGUACAGUUAUGAUGCCACAAAAGCCUCUCCACUUAAAGGAUCGCAUUGGAGCGAUCUUGAGUACUUUAGAAGCUUCAGUAUCUGGUACGGUUAUGCAAAGACUCUAGUGGAGAAAGAAGCUUGGUUGAUCGCAGCCGAGAAGAAUCUAAACCUAGUGGUCGUAAUCCCUUCAUUUUGUAUCGGUCCAAUACUUAGUCCAAAACCCACAAGCUCCCCUUCAAUUUUUCUCUCUAUAAUCAAAGGUGUUCAUGGAGAAUACCCAAAUUUCAGAGGAGGGUUUGUGCACAUAGACGAUGUCGCUGCUGCACAAAUAUUAGCAAUGAAAGAGCCUAAAGCAUCAGGAAGAAUCAUAUGUUCGAGUUCAGUGGCUCACUGGUCAGAGAUCAUUGAGAUGCUGAAACCCAAAUACCCGUUAUACCCAUUUGAGACCAAGUGCGGUAGUGAAGAAGGGAGAGAUAUGCCUCAUAGCUUGGACACAAGAAAGAUACAUGAACUUGGCUUUCGGUCCUUCAAAUCAUUACCUGAGAUGUUCGAUGACUGUAUCAAGUGUUUCAAAGACAAGGGUCUACUCUGAAACCAAACCGCUAUCGUUAUCAGGAAAUCAAAGUGAUCCAGCUUAUGUUGAUCCUUUAAAGUUUAUUCAAACAUUAAAUAAUCUACUUGUCUUAUGA